GAAUCAACCCAUCACAAAAAACAGUCUCCCCCUCCCACCCCCCCACCCCACCUCCCCCCCCACUCUCCCUCCAUCCCUCUCUCUAUGUUCCCUUGCAUAAGCUUCCUCUUCUUCCUUAACCAAAGAGAGAGUUCCAUCAUUAAAUGCUCUCUCUCUCCGAGUUCUUCAAAUUUUGCAUCCUUUUCAUGUCUUCAAUUAACCACCACCUUCUUUUCUCUUGUUCACUCUGGACCUGGUCUCAAACCCUUCUAACUCUUAUCAUAAGGCCUGUCGUUUUUGUUGCUUCGUUAGCCUUCCUAGUCCAGAAAGGAGACAACUUUAACACUGAUUAUACCUCAAAGCUUUUUUCGCUCUUUCUAGGUUCUCAAGCUCUGGUUUCUGCACAACAUGAGCGACUCUAAGAAGGUACUGGUAUUUGGUUCAUUCACUGAAGAUGAAACGAAAUCGUUGCUGGGAAAGCAAUCACCUGGCAAAGUCGAAAAGCCGGUAGAGAAGAUAGAACUGCGAUUUGGGUCUUUGAAUUUUGGAACUGGAAUAACUUUUGGUAAUUUUGAUACCACAUUGAAUACGCAAUUGGCUUCUGCUAAUGGAAAUGUUACUUCUCAGUCUAAGAGUUCAGUUAUGAAGGAAAAAGAUGUGAAGGUUGCCAAGGAAGGUGAUGGGGUGUUAGGAAGUCCGCGAGAAAAUGGAAGCAUAGGCAAUUCGAACCAUGGUUCUUCCCUAGGUAAUGGUGUGGAUGUCUUGAAAACUGAGAGUAUCGAUUUAACUUCUUUGCACUUGUCUGAGAAGGAAGAUGGUCCCGCAAGUCCAUUGCAAAGUUCGAGCUUUCAUGUCCUUGAUAGUGAAGGCAUUAAGGAUGGGGAUCAUGAUGGGACUAGCAAUGAUUCGUCAAUACAUGUGAGAAAAGAGGAUGUUUGGAAAGCAAAUGAUGGGCCUCUUCCUGCUGUUAUGAGUUUGCUACCCCGUGGCCUGAUUAAUACAGGGAAUCUUUGCUUUCUUAAUGCGACCCUGCAGGCGCUCUUAUCCUGUUCCCCUUUUGUGCAGCUAUUGCAGGAGCUUAGAAUCCGUGACAUCCCUAAGGCUGGCUUUCCUACAUUGACUGCAUUUUCAGAGUUCGUCUGUGACUUUGACAUGCCAACCAGUUCAAACUUGAAAAAAGAUGCUGUUGAGACUGGUCGGCCUUUUCGUCCUGCCAUGUUUGAAGCUGUUCUUAAAAAUUUCACCCCAGAUGUGCCAAAUAGCAUAUCAGGACGGCCAAGGCAGGAAGAUGCGCAGGAGUUUCUGAGUUUCAUCAUGCAUCAAAUGCAUGAUGAAUUACUUAAGCUUGAAGGACAAUCCUCUGGUACAAAUGGUUUUAAAACCUCUGUAGUUUCUUCUACAGAAGAAGAUGAAUGGGAGACAGUGGGGCCAAAAAACAAAUCUGCAGUGACUAGAACACAAAGCUUCAUUCCUUCUGAGUUAAGUGAUAUUUUUGGAGGACAGUUGAGAAGUGUGGUUAAGGCAAGAGGAAACAAAGCUUCUGCAACAGUUCAACCAUUUUUGUUGCUCCACCUUGAUAUUCACGUUGAAGCUGUUCGCACUAUCGAGGAUGCACUCCAUCUGUUCUCUGCACCUGAAAAUCUUGAAGGGUACCGGACUUCUGCAAUUGGGAAGGGUGGUGUGGUGACUGCAAAAAAAUCUGUCAAAAUACAGACACUUUCAAAGAUAAUGAUAUUGCACUUGAUGCGUUUUAGUUAUGGAAGCCAAGGGAGUGCCAAGUUGCUCAAGCCUGUGCACUUUCCUCUUGAAUUCAUUCUGAGUCGGGAAUUACUUGUUUCCCCAUCGACAGAGAGCCGAAAGUAUGAACUAGUUGCCACAGUAACUCAUCACGGGAGGGAGCCUUCAAAAGGUCAUUAUACAGCUGAUGUGCGCCAUGCUAAUGGCCAGUGGCUACGUUUUGAUGAUGCAUCUGUCACUGCCAUCACAACGAGUAAGGUUUUGCAUGACCAGGCUUACGUUCUCUUUUACAAACAAGUUUAGAAGGCGGUGGAGGAUUUUUGUCAUUAAUUCACUAUGUAAAAACAAGAAAUCUUCUGCAUUCCGGUAUUUAAUGGGCAAGUUAUUGCUUACGUAUCAUCAGACACUUCGAUGGAGGUCAGAAAAUGCUAAUACCCAAGGCGAAUGGAAAUAAUAGCUGUUGUAGUGAUUUUUCUACCUUUCAGCUUUAUAUUGUGAAUGCAACUGAUGUAAUCUCAUGGAAAUCACAAAAUCAUAUGGAACUCCUUGCUAUUUAAUUUAGAGAAUGAUUCAUAUUA